AUGUCCCAUCACGUCCUCGUCCUCGGCGGCCACGGCAAGGUCGCCCAGCUCCUCACCCCGCUCCUCCUCCAGCGCUCGUGGACCGUCACCAGCGUCAUCCGCGCCCAGGAGCAGGUCCCCACCAUCGAGAAGCUCGGCGCGGGGCAGCCGGGCAAGCUCAACGUCCUCGUCCGCAGCAUCGAGGACGUCACCAGCCAGGAGCAGGCCGCCGGCAUCCUGGCCGAGGUGAAGCCCGACUACAUCGCCUGGAGUGCCGGUGCUGGCGGCAAAGGAGCUCCUGAGAGGACCUUCAAGAUCGACCGCGACGCAGCGGUCCACUUCAUAAACGCCGCGGCCGCCACCCCCUCCAUCACCCGCUUCCUCCUGGUCUCCUACAUCGGCUCCCGCCGCGCCGGUGCCUCCUGGUGGCCCGAGGGCGAGUGGGAGCAGUACAACGAGUCCGUCAACCACGGCGUCCUCGCAAACUACUACAAGGCCAAGAUCGUCGCCGACGAGGAGCUCUACCGCGCCUCCCGCAAGAGCUCCCACCUCGUCGGCAUCGACCUCCGCCCCGGUAUGCUGACAGACGACCCCGUCGGCAAGGUCACCCUCGGCAGGACCCCUUACCCCAAGGGCAACUCGAGCCGCGCCAGCGUGGCCAAGGUCGCCGAUACCUUGCUGGCCGCCGAGGGGAUCAAGAACACCUGGCUCGAUCUGUACGACGGCGACGAGGAUAUCGAGGACGCGGUGAAGCGCGUUGUCCAGACUGGGGUUAAUGUGGCCGAGGGAGAGCCAGUGUACUCGGAAUAG